UAAUCUGUAAUGUCAACUUUAGGGCGUAGGUUAGAUUAAAUUGUUUGAUGCAGUUUACGAUACUCGAUAUUUGAUUGUACUUGUGUUAUUAUAUAAAAUACGAUGGUUUCCAAGUCAAAAACUGGCUUGUUUGCGUUGGGUUUUUACGCUUUGGCGUCCUUCUUUAUUAUAUUGGCUUUUGUAAGUCCAUACUGGUUGGUCACUGACGGCAAACUUAAAAACCCCAAGUUUAUUCAAAUUGGUUUGUGGUUAGUAUGCUUCAAUGGAUUUCAAGAGCCACACCACUGGUAUGAUACAGUGUUCACUGGUUGUUGGUGGGUGUUUGAAGAAGAAUAUUACAUCAUUCAUGACAUACUUCUGCCAGGAUUCUUCAUAGCCACUCAGUUCUUCUUCACAAUAUCACUGUGCGCUGUGCUAGUGUCUCUGUUCCUGACUUAUCUCUAUUUGCAGAAGGACAAUGAUGAUGAAAAUUAUUUGACUCUUUUGGUGACACUGGGAACAAUACUUGUUAUUGGAGGAUUUUCUGGUAUUAUAUCUGUGGUGACAUUCGGAGCAAGGGGUGAUGGGCGUGACUGGAUGCCAAACUGGGAACACAAUGACCUCGGCUGGGCAUUUGCCAUGGGCGUCAUCGGAGUCAUCCUACUAUUUCCAGCGGGUAUCCUGUUCUUGGUGGAAGCAAGGGUUCACAAGUAUAAGAAGCUACAUGAAAUGCAAAGUCGCGAGCCAUCCUCAUACACAAUGCACGAGAGGAAGUUUGCUUAUGCUGGAGGACACACAGAUAUUUAAUUGACUGUAAGAAU